AUGCAGCAAGACUACCCUCCGCCAAAUCCGGCAGAGAAGGAUCCUCGAACAGGCUCACGAUGGAUACUGGGCGACAAGUUCGAGCAAGUCUACCCACAUCUGGGUUCGAUGGAGAACCUGUGGUACAAGAAAUGGAAGUUCCCAUGUGAACGAAGCCUAUACCCAUUCCACGACGGAAAAUUUGAAGACUUCGCACCAGUCUUCGAGACCCUGAUCAACAAAGGCAUUCACGACGGCUACACCGACCCAUACACAGCAGAAUUCAUACCUACAGCCGAGAAGCUCGUAAAAGACGCAGACGCAAAAGCAAAGAGCGGUGACAAACAACAAGCUGUCGAACUCUACCUUCGAGCAUGCGCAGUAUACCGAAUCGCAAGAUUCCCCUACAUCAACAGCGAUCUCAAAAGAAAAGUCUACCAAGACCAAAAAGACGCAUACAUGAAAGCAGCAAAACUCUUCGACUCCCCAAUCGAGGACAUUGAAAUCCCUCACACAGCAGGCACAGAAAAGGACGAAGGCAAGAUGAUACCCCUCUACAUCCGUCUCCCAAAAGGCGCAAGCAAAACCAAACCCGUCCCAGCCGUCCUCCUCAUGUGCGGUCUAGACGGCCACAGACCCGACAACACCGUCCGCAGCAACGAAUUCCUCUCCCGAGGCUGGGCAAGCGUAAUCGCAGACAUUCCCGGCACAGCAGACUGUCCCGCCGACCGCCGAGAUCCCGUGGCCGCGGAUCGUCUCUGGACCUCAGUUCUCGACUGGAUGGAAUCCCAAGGCCACUUCGCCAUGAAAAAAAUCCUGGUAUGGGGUCUCUCAGCAGGAGGCUACAACGCAGUCCGAAUCGCACACACCCACUCCUCCCGCAUCGCAGGAAGUGUAGGACAAGGCGCGGGAACCCACCAUUUCUUCUCUCGAGCGUGGUUAGAGAAAGCGAAAAAUCAUGAAUAUCCUUGGACAGCAUUGCCUGCUUUGCGAGAGAAGUUCGGGUAUGUGACGGAAGAGGAGUUUUUGGAUCAUGCACAGAAAGAUUUUUCGUUGGUGGAAAAUCAAAUUUUGGAGAUGGAGAGUUGUAGAUUGCUUUUGAUUAAUGGGACGCAUGAUGGGUUGAUGCCGAUUGAGGAUAGUAUGCUUUUGAUGGAGUAUGGAAGUCCGAAGGAAGCGAGGUUUUUUACGGGGUUGUUGCAUAUGGGAUAUCCUCCUGCGAAUGGGAGCGUGUAUCCUUGGAUGGAGAGUGUAAUAAAGGCUGCUGGUGUGUAG